GGAGCAGCCGUAUGCGCACAUGUGUUCAGUCGGACUGUGAGUGUCUGCGUGCGUUUCCGUGAGAGCAGAGACAAACUAAAGUCGGACAAAGCAGAAGAGUCCCGAGUACAGCGACGGUUUUACCACCUCAUAUAUAUCAACAUGAAGCCAGGGUUCAGCCCUCGUGGGGACAGAGGAGGACGAGGAGGAUUUGGUGGACGAGGGGGAGGACGAGGAGGCUUUGGUGGAAGAGGGGGAUUUGGUGACCGAGGAGGAAGAGGGGGAUUUGGUGACCGAGGAGGAAGAGGGGGAUUUGGUGACCGAGGAGGAAGAGGUGGUUUCAGGUCUCCAGAUCGUGGAGGAUUCCGGGGCAGAGGGGGUGGAAGAGGCACCCCAAGAGGAAGAGGAGGUGGCAGAGGAGGCUUUGGUGCAGGAAGGAAGGUCUUGGUUGAGCCACACAGACAUGAAGGAGUCUUCAUCUGCAGAGGGAAGGAAGAUGCUCUGGUGACCAAGAACAUGGUGGUUGGAGAGUCUGUGUAUGGAGAGAAGAGGAUCAAUGUGGAGGAAGGAGAGACGAAGAUUGAGUAUAGAGCCUGGAAUCCCUUUCGCUCAAAGCUUGCAGCUGCCAUCUUGGGAGGAGUAGACCAGAUUCAUAUCAAGCCAGGAGCAAAGGUCAUGUACCUGGGAGCUGCCAGUGGCACCACGGUAUCCCACGUCUCUGACAUUGUUGGACCGGAGGGACUAGUUUAUGCUGUGGAGUUUUCCCAUCGCUCGGGUCGUGACCUUCUCAACGUAGCAAAGAAACGCACCAACAUCAUUCCGAUCAUCGAAGAUGCUCGCCACCCUCAUAAAUACCGCAUGCUGGUUGGCAUGGUGGAUGUGAUUUUUGCUGACGUUGCCCAGCCUGACCAGACGAGGAUUGUCGCUUUGAAUGCUCACAACUUCUUGAAGAAUGGUGGCCACUUUGUUAUCUCCAUAAAGGCUAACUGUAUAGACUCGACGGCGGCUCCAGAGGCAGUGUUUGCCGCAGAGGUGAAGAAGAUGGGUGCUGAGAACAUGAAGCCACAGGAGCAGCUCACACUGGAGCCCUAUGAGAGGGACCAUGCGGUGGUGGUGGGCAUCUACAGAGCUCCACCAAAACAGAAGAAAUGAAGUGUGGAUGAAAACAUGGGGAAAACCGUUUUCCCGUUUGAAACCACCUCCCUUUUUGAUUACUGUCUGUUUCCCUCCUCUCCACAUCUACACCCGGCUGUUGGUAGAUUUCUGCAGUGUGGAAGCAUAACUAGCACUUGGGGUAAAAUUUGGCUGUGUUCCCUUUUUUUUUGGACUGUUAACUGACCAACCACCCUUACUCCUAGUCAAGUGCUGUAGAGGUGUUUGGAUGAGCCCAGGAGCAUGAGGCAAGUGUUUGUUAGAAAAAAAGUAAAUUAUGCAGCCAAGUUUAAGAGAACUAGUAGCUUUCUACCCUGGGAAACUGAUAUUAUAAACAUUGAUUUAUAAAGCUUUAUUGUUCUAUGUAGUUACACAUUUGCUGAGGGUACCACAUGCUUCAAGUGUAUGGUCAGUGUAUUAUUUUAUUAUCUUUUCACUUCUGUGUUCCGAUGCUUUUCUUCUCUUCCUCUUCCUUAUCCUUUCUCAGAGUGCCUCUUUCCCUAGAUUGUUGGGUAUAUCCCAAGUAAUUCACACAUCAUACCCCAGAUGACUGGUAUUUUUAAUUGUUUGAACUUCUGUAUGGUAAAAUACUUAAGGUGGUGCACAUGUAGAGCUUCAGAUUUACCUCAGUAAACUGACCUGUGUCUCUGUACAAAUAUAGAAAGUGACUUUUUCACUCACACUUGUAAUUUGAUACCAGUAUAACUUUUGUGUUGACUGACUAUGAAACAGAAAAGUUGUAGAUAUUUUACAACAUGCUUGAAAGUUUUUUGU